GAGGGGAAGGGGGCGCGGAGAGGGCCGGGCUGGCAGCGGGCGGGGCCGGGGCCCUGGGCGGCCUCCCCGCGCCAUGUCCUCCUUCUCGGAGUCGGCGCUGGAGCGGAAGCUGUCGGAGCUGAGCAACUCCCAGCAGAGCGUGCAGACCCUCAGCCUGUGGCUCAUCCACCACCGCAAGCACGCCGGGCCCAUCGUCACCGUCUGGCACCGCGAGCUCCGUAAGGCAAAAUCAAGUAGGAAGCUUACUUUCCUAUACCUGGCGAACGAUGUCAUCCAGAACAGCAAGAGGAAAGGACCAGAGUUCACGAGGGAAUUUGAAUCUGUUCUUGUGGAUGCUUUUUCACACGUUGCCAGAGAGGCAGACGAGGGCUGCAAGAAGCCCUUGGAACGGCUGCUGAACAUCUGGCAAGAAAGGAGCGUGUAUGGCAGCGAAUUCAUACAGCAGCUGAAACUGUCCAUGGAGGACUCCAAUAGCCCCCAACCAAAAGAGGAGAAGAAGUCCUUGAAGCGGACUGUGUUCUCUUGCCUCUCUUUAACUAGAUCCGUGUCUCUCUCUCUCUCCUCAGUUACAGAGGAGAAGAAGUCCUUGAAGCGGACGUUUCAGCAGAUACAAGAGGAAGACGAUGACGAUUACCCAGGGAGCUACUCUCCGCAGGAUGCCAACGCUGGGCCCCUUCUGACCGAGGACUUGAUCAAAGCCCUGCAAGAUCUGGAGAACGCAGCCUCGGGAGAUGCCACAGUGCGGCAAAAGAUUGCUUCGCUCCCCCAAGAAGUGCAGGACGUGUCCCUGCUGGAGAAGAUCACAGACAAAGAGGCGGCGGAGCGCCUUUCGAAGACAGUGGACGAGGCGUGUCUGCUGCUCGCUGAGUACAACGGGCGGCUGGCGGCGGAGCUGGAAGACCGGCGCCAGCUGGCACGCAUGUUGAUUGAGUACACCCAGAACCAGAAGGACGUGCUGACAGAGAAGGAGAAGAAGCUGGAAGAGUACAAGCAGAAGUUGGCUCGGGUCACGCAGGUCCGCAAGGAGCUCAAGUCGCACAUCCAGAGCCUGCCCGACCUGUCGCUGUUGCCCAACGUGACCGGAGGGUUGGCGCCUCUGCCGUCGGCUGGGGACCUCUUCUCAACUGACUAGGGCCCCUUCACGGGGUCUGCGUUCCCUCCCGCUCCUGCCCCUCCUUCCAGCAGAACUUCUCGGGACGACUCUCCGGCAUAGGAAGGAACGGCCAGCGGCCCGUGCUGCCCCUCACGUUGACGGGGCAGGUGUGGCUCCCAGUUCUUCAGAAGGCGGCCAGUUUUCUCACACUUGGCAAAAAAAAAAAAAUUCACAUUCCCCUGGGUUCCCCUUAGUGCUUUCAAUUUCUACAGCCAGACUGUGCGAAUCAUGUGUGCGUCUCUCUCUCUGCUUCUCUGGGUUUUUUUUCCGGCAAAAAGAACGUCGGUUUCUGUUUUGGCUUCCCCCCUGUCUCCCUAUAAAAAGUACCGGGAGGUUUUCAGAGUCAGUUUGUGGUACAUCAACCUUCAUUUCGGGGUGGGCCCCGCAAGUUGUGUCGGGAGCAUUGCCUUCAAAGAAGCGGGGGGGACUUCUGCUUUCAUGGGUGUGACCCGGGGGGGGUGGGGGUUUGAUGCCCUCUUUUUGUGCUGCGCAGGGACCCUGAGGCUCGUGUGCUCUCUCUUUCCCCCCCCCCCCCCACGUUGCACACGGCCUUGUCCUCCUCCGUGGGCGUUCUUGCUCAGGUUCCCCUUUGUGUUGGUGCCACAGUGUCCUCUCUUCGCCCUCUCCAUCUGUCGCAGGUGUGUGUCUGAAUGCUCAAGAAAGCCCUGGCUCCGUGGUCUAAAGUUGAACCCAUAGACCUGAGCGGAAGGGCUGUCGUAUGUGGCUGUGGUCCUCAGAAGAGCCACAGGCUCGGCCCCGCCGGAAGAGGCGAGAGGGCGCGGAGACUUCCAGCGGGUGGAUGCCCGUUGUUGACCUGCCUCCGUCCACUUUGGUUCACGCUGGCCGCUCUUCUCCCUUCGCCAGCCUGUAGCGAUAUUUGUGCAUCUCUCGUUUGUGUGUUAUGUGCACUUUCACAGAAGCCAAUCAAUCUUUUUCCGGGGAUCUCCCAUCUGAAGCAAGGGGAAAGUUGUCUAUCGCCAGGGCGCUCCCAGCAUCCUUUGCCCUUCAGCUGGGAAGGAGGGAGUUGACUUUCCCACGUGCGGCUGGAUCGGAUGGCCUUUUCUUUCAUUGUGGCCAGCAGCCUGGGUCUUGUUUUGCCAAACGCAGCUUUGGCAGCGCACUCCUUCUUGAGGGCUUGCACGUUCAAGCCUGGAGUUUGAAAUUGAUCAUCUCCUUCCCAGUUGAGGGGGCCAUGCCUCCUCCAAAGAAGACCACGCAGACUGGCAGUCUGGGACACGCGACCUCUGUGUUAUCUGGGGGUGGGGGGCGAGCAGGGGCUAUUGUGAGGCCGUCUCUCUUAUACAGGGGGCCUCUAAAAAUGAAUCUCCAUUGGGCGAGCGGUAGCCUGUGAAAAGCGGCUGCGUGGCUCUGCUGCUUUCUAGAGGAGCGGUCGGUUUAAGGGCACGGAAACUGGGCUGAGCGUCUCAAAUGGGUUGUUUGUGUGGCGUUGCUGUGAGUACAAUAUUCGGGGUUUGAAGAAAUAGGAAUGACUUGUGGGUUUCCCCACCCCCCCCACCCAUCCUCCUCCCUGCAAAAAGCUUUUAUGCUUUAUUUUAACAUAACUGAAAACCUUGGGGAUUUUGUUUGAUUUACCCAGUCGAAGGAGGUGGUGUCAGAGCACUUUGGGUGGGGGGGGGAAGGGGGGGUGUCUCCUUUCAAGAUCUAAGCGUUUUCAUAAAAAAUCUAUAUGUGAAUUGAUUUAGAGUCAAAUUUAGAGGCAUAGGCUGCCCUUCCAGCAGCGGUAUAUUCUGAAAUGUCUGAUAAAUAUAUUUUUGAAUAAAGAGGGGUGUCGUUCA